CUCGUCAUGAGGCACGGUUCAAUGGAUAAUCAUGGUUUCUGCUGAACGAGAUAUCAGACAUUGUGCCAGGGUGUUCCACAUGCACCGGUCCGUAUAUGACCUCUGUCCUACCAGACAGUCCUUGGAACCUGCCCGUUGGCGCGACACUAGGAUUUCUGUUUGGCCCGCUGUGAGGGUCAAAUGAGCCCGCUUCAUAGCGACCUGUGAGUCUGUGACGACCCUUUGGACUUCGGAGAAAAGAAAGUACCAUAUGUCAGGCAAACCGCCCGCACGCCGUGUCUCAAUAUAUCGCAGAACAAUCUCGCGGGAAUUGCCAACCUCGGCAGCUGCUUUUGAAUAUGAGGGAGAAAAAGGAAGCCUCACUCACAAUCCCCUCCCCCACAGCGACACCGAACAGUCGGGAGCGGAAAUGGACUCUUUUCAACGAGCGCGGGGUGGGGGCUCCAGCUCCAGCCUCCAAGCCUCCCAAAGCCUACCUCCCGCCCACGUGGUUGCGAUGGAGUCCUCGGGGCUGGCUUGCAUCCAUCCAGCCACCGCUCCCCCACGCCGGCUCGAGGCGUGCCAAGACAUGCCCCUUCGCGUUUUGGUCUGCGACGGAGUCGUGGGUGCGGAAGAGGGUUUCUUUACUCAAAACAGCAACCUCAGAGAAGGAAAGGAAAACCGUUAGCGUCGACGGGGAAACCGAGCCGUCGGUAGAUAUCCAUGUCAUCUCGCCGACCGCUUGGAUCCUCAAUUUACCGACAAUGGUUACCGAAGCGACUUCAGGUUGCAAUAGGAUCCCAGACGCAUUGCGGAAAAAUUUUCGCUCGGGACAAUUCUGCUUGGCCAGGCGAGCCAGGCUCGUUUUCCGGCCGAGAAGCGACCGCCGCGGAGAGCUUCCAGCUUUCCGGUUCUCAGGUUCCAGCACAACGGUUGACAGAGAAGACGGAGAUUCCUUCGUUCGUCGCAUCACAGGGGCACCUUGUCCAGUUUUGAAUUGCUGGGACAGCUGCGCUUCGAUGCCGGCUCAAGUUCCCGCCCUGGUCAUUCAAUCUGCAGGCUGGGACUUGCUCUCCGGGUCGCGGCAGACGUGACAUGUUGGUAUUUGUUCUUUUGAUGGGGAAAAGCACUCUGCCCGUGUCUGUGUUUGCUGUUUGCUGUUCCUUUCUGGCUAGG